AGUACAAUGCAAAUGAUCCGUGAUAAAUAAUCAAGAUCAGCUCAUGGAAAGCUGCCGUAUUAACAGCCUCAGAGCAACACCUGUAAGGCGUUGAAAUACAGGUAUGAAAAAUCAAAUUGUUUUUAGUUGAGUUGACUCUUCACGGCGGAGAAAGCAUAGUUUCUUUUUUUCUAUUCGACGAGAGAAACUACAAUGAUGUCCCGAUUGAUAGAACCGCGUGAUUCUUGGUAAAACGAGUUAUCGUGGAAAUCAGUGCCGGAAACAAAUGUUCACGGGCAAAUGGAAUGAAUUCAACAGCAUAUUUGGGUUUCUAGCUCUUCGGCUUGCUGUUAUCGUUCCAUUCAUUACUAACUACGUACAAAACAAAAUAACCGCUUAACUUAGCAAAUGGGGAUGGAGAUCUUUGUUACGUUUAUGAUUUUGAAAGAAAAACAGGAGCUUCCAGUUGUUUGUAUUUCAAAUAUGAAUAAUUCAUGUUAAAUUUCAGAAAAUGCGUGGUAGCAUUUACAAUGUGGUUACCAUAUCUACUUCACCUAAAUUCAGGUUGUCUGUUGUCGUCUAUGUAAUCAGUCAAUGUAUCAUCAAGCCAUAACUGUUCAGUGAACCAAACAGGAUUUCAGCAGCUUCCAGUAUUGGAUUCUCCUACUUAAAAAAAAAAACAAAAAAAAACAAAUGAAACAGGCUCGUAAUGACGACAUACAAAUUCAAAGAGUGAAAUUUGCAUGCACUGGAUGUAAAAACGAGUCAAUCGGGAAAUGGAAUUAUCAAAAUAACUCUCUCUUUGUCCGGCUAUAUAAACUCGUCAAGAGGCUAUCCAACAGUCAUCAGUUCACCGAGUCAUCAUCACAAGUCAACAACAUGAAUAAGCUGUUUUUCAUUGCCGCCUUCCUGACUGUUGUUAUCGCCGCUCCCCAAGGCAAAAAGGAAACCGAAGAGCCGCCAAUCGUCGUCAAUAGCCAGUCUGAUGUCCGGAAUCUUGAUGGAAGCAGCCAAUGGAGCUACACACAAUCUGAUGGCACUACCCGAGAGGAAACUCAGGUCCAGAAGAAGAUAAAGUCAAUCUCUACCGACUCGUAUGGCAAGCAAACGGUUAAUGAAGAGAUUGGCAACACCAACAAGGGAUCGUCCUACUGGAUCUCUCCUGAAGGCCAGAAGAUCUCUUUGACCUGGGUUGCUGACGAAGGUGGAUUCCAGCCAAAAGGUGAUCACUUACUUGCACCAGUUCAUGUUUUCACACUGCCCGUUGCCCCCGCACUUCCCUAUCAGCGCACUGGACUCGGCUAUUAAGUAAUGGAAUCGAAUUUUUAAGUUUGGUUACGCUUGAAAGUUACCCAAGAUUAUCGUAUCUCAUUGUUAUUCAUCAUAUAUGUCUGUGUAAUUCAUUGCUGGGAAACUAUAUUACAUGGACUUGUUGUGUCAGUGUUAGAAUA